UGCGGCGCAGGGGCAAGAUGGCGGCUGAGAAGCAAGUCCCGGGUGGCGGCAGCGGCGGCGGUGGUAGCACCGGUAGCAGCGGUGGACGCGGAGGAGAGGAAAAUAAAGAAAACGAACGCCCUUCAGCUGGAUCGAAGGCAAACAAGGAGUUCGGGGAUAGCCUGAGUUUGGAGAUUCUUCAGAUUAUUAAGGAAUCCCAGCAGCAGCAUGGUUUACGACAUGGAGAUUUUCAGAGGUACAGGGGCUACUGUUCCCGCAGACAAAGACGUCUCCGGAAAACACUCAAUUUUAAGAUGGGCAACAGACACAAAUUCACAGGGAAAAAAGUAACUGAAGAUCUUCUGACUGAUAAUAGAUAUUUGCUUCUGGUUCUGAUGGAUGCUGAAAGAGCCUGGAGCUAUGCCAUGCAGCUCAAACAGGAAGCCAACACUGAACCUCGAAAACGGUUUCACUUGCUAUCUCGCCUUCGCAAAGCCGUGAAACAUGCAGAGGAAUUGGAACGCCUGUGCGAGAGCAAUCGUGUGGAUGCCAAGACCAAGUUAGAGGCUCAGGCUUACACGGCUUACCUUUCAGGAAUGUUGCGCUUUGAACAUCAGGAAUGGAAAGCCGCCAUUGAGGCUUUUAACAAAUGCAAAACUAUCUAUGAGAAGCUCGCCAGCGCUUUCACAGAGGAGCAGGCUGUGCUGUAUAACCAACGUGUGGAAGAGAUCUCCCCCAACAUCCGCUACUGUGCAUACAAUAUUGGGGACCAGUCAGCCAUCAAUGAACUCAUGCAGAUGAGAUUGAGGUCUGGGGGCACUGAGGGUCUCCUGGCUGAAAAACUGGAGGCAUUGAUCACGCAGACUCGAGCCAAGCAGGCAGCUACCAUGAGUGAAGUGGAAUGGAGAGGGAGGACGGUUCCCGUGAAGAUCGACAAAGUGAGGAUCUUUUUGUUGGGAUUGGCAGAUAAUGAAGCAGCCAUUGCCCAGGCUGAAAGCGAAGGAACCAAGGAACGGCUGUUUGAAUCCAUGCUCAGCGAGUGUCGUGACGCCAUCCAGGCCGUGAGGGAAGAGCUCAAGCCAGAUCAGAAACAGAGAGAUUACACCCUUGAUGGGGAGUCAGGAAAGGUAUCUAACCUCCAGUACCUGCACAGCUACCUAACUUACAUCAAGCUGUCGACGGCAAUCAGGCGUAAUGAGAACAUGGCCAAAGGCCUGCAGAAGGCUCUGUUGCAGCAGCAGCCAGAAGACGACAGCAAGCGCUCUCCCCGGCCCCAAGACCUGAUCCGGCUCUACGACAUCAUUCUCCAGAAUCUGGUGGAAUUAUUACAGCUUCCUGGCUUGGAGGAAGACAGAGCCUUCCAGAAAGAGAUAGGCCUGAAGACCCUGGUGUUCAAGGCAUAUAGGUGUUUUUUCAUUGCUCAGUCCUACGUGUUGGUGAAGAAGUGGAGCGAAGCCCUUGUUCUAUACGAUAGAGUCCUGAAAUAUGCAAAUGAAGUGAAUUCAGAUGCUGGAACCUUCAGGAACAGCUUAAAGGACCUGCCUGACGUGCAAGAGCUCAUCACCCAAGUGCGGUCAGAGAAGUGCUCCCUGCAGGCUGCAGCCAUCCUGGAUGCAAAUGACUCCCAUCAAACAGAGACUUCCUCCCAAGUCAGGGACAAUAAGCCUCUGGUUGAACGGUUUGAGACCUUCUGCCUGGACCCUUCCCUCGUCACCAAGCAAGCCAACCUUGUGCACUUUCCACCGGGAUUCCAGCCCAUUCCUUGCAAGCCUUUGUUCUUUGACCUGGCCCUCAACCACGUGGCCUUCCCACCCCUUGAGGACAAGUUGGAGCAGAAGACCAAGAGUGGCCUCACUGGAUACAUCAAGGGCAUCUUUGGAUUCAGGAGCUAACCAGGCUCUUCUUUGGAGGCAGGGGAGAUUCUGACUCUAAAUCUGUUGUGAGAAAGUCCCAGCAAGUUCCAUGGUAUUAAAUCCAGGUCUAUAUUGGCCCAGGGUGGAGCUCAGCAUGCUCAGCCCUGCCUUCCUAUGUCUUGUGUGUUUGUGCACUUACGUUCUUAACCCAUGUUGCAAGGGCACCCUUCCCUCUUUGGCCAUGUGUCAGGGUUGCUCUGUCUCUGUACCUCCUAGGGGACCUCUGUUGUCUGGUCCCCUGUGAGCCAUGAUUGGUUACCUUUGGUCAGUAAUACAGUCAGGGUUCCACACAAGGAUGGGUGGGGCCUUGAAAUGUUAGGUCAUGUUUCUUCAGUACCAUGGAUCUGAAAUGAACUCAUCCUUGCUGUGAGCAUCCAGAAUCCUUGAGGUUUGUUGAUGACUGUGAAGCAUUGGCAGUGUCACCCCAGAGUUAUGGUCAGCCUUAUCCCCUUCACCUCCAAGUAAACAUAAAGUUUCAGAACAAGCAGAGAGCUCUAUUUUUAGAAGAAAUACGUUACAUUCAGAAAUGACGAAACCAAAUCUUAUAUUAAAAGGCAAAUAUGAUGGCGACUGUGCCCAUUUUUUACAUGCCCUCCCUCACAUCCAGCCCAGCUCUCCUCGGGGCCCUGGUUGAAUGAGCCUGUGAGGUUGAGUGCGUCCUGGCUUCUGGCAGCUGGGUAUAUAGUCCAUGCCAGAUUCGGACCUGUUAGAAGCACCAUUUUUAAGAAGAGUUCCCAGUCUGUAAUUUCAAAUGCCAUCACAUUUUAAAUCAGUCUCCUUCUUUACCCUUUUACUUCUCUCCUUAGUCAUCCUUUUUUAUUUUUACUGUGGCAUCAAUAAUAGACACCAAAAAAGCAAUGUAAGAAAGAAGGAAUAAAAGUGAUUUAAACAUGA